UUUAAAGCCGUACGGUUGUUUGCUCCAAUAGAAAAAUAAUUAUAAAAAUAAAAACCGAAAAAAUUUCCAAUUUGAAGUGAGAAAAAAUUUAAAAUGACGUCACUGUGGGGACAGGUGUUCUUGUGGAUCUGCUUAUUCACUCUCAUUUGGGGAAUCUGUCAAACGGAAGCAGCCAACAUUGAUGAGAUAUGUAAACACUCGGACAGCUGUGAAAGGUGUUUAUCCACUCACCUGGAAUGCGCAUGGUGCACGGAUAAGGAAUUCCAAGCGGGCUAUCGCUGUCUAUCUCGCUCGCUACUCCUUCAAUACAACUGCAGCGAAACGGAUAUCUAUGAAAAUCAACCAGUUUUGGAUCUUCUGCAGGAUAAACCCCUAAAGGACUAUGAAACUAGCGAUCAGGCAGUACAGGUUUCACCCCAACGAGCAUACCUCAAGUUGGUCAAAGGAAACACGCAACGCAUCAAGCUGAGCUAUAGAACUGCACGCAAUAAUCCACUCGAUUUGUACGUGCUGAUGGACCUCACCUGGACAAUGAGGGACGACAAGGAGACCCUGGAGGAGUUGGGAGCCCAGCUCAGUCAGACCCUUAAAAAUUUAACGGGCAACUAUCGACUGGGAUUUGGCUCGUUUGCGGAUAAGCCAACCCUGCCAAUGAUUCUACCGCAAAACAAGGAGAAUCCUUGUGCUCUCGAGCGGGCUAAAUGUGAACCCACCUAUGGUUAUAGACAUCAGUUGUCCUUAACCGAUGAUAUACCCGCCUUUACCUCAGCGGUGGCUAAUAGCAAGAUCACUGGGAAUUUGGAUAAUCUCGAAGGAGGCUUGGAUGCUCUGAUGCAGGUGAUAGUUUGUCCCAAGGAAAUCGGUUGGAAGGAGCAGGCUCGAAAAGUUGUGAUCCUGGUAACUGAUGGGUUUAUGCAUUUGGCGGGCGAUGGACUUUUAGCUGGUAUUAUUGAGCGCAAUGAUAAGCAAUGCCAUCUGAAUAGUGCAGGUGAAUACACGGGAUCCUUGGAGUACGAUUAUCCUUCUCUGGAGGAAAUCUAUAGGGAGUUACUUCGCCGCAAGAUAAACGUGAUAUUUGCUGUCACCAAGGAAGUGGUAAGUAGCUACAGGGAACUCAGUGCCUUGAUGAAGGAAAUCAGCUAUGUGGAUAUACUGAGUGCGGAUUCUUCUAAUAUUUUGGAACUGAUCAAAAAGAGUUACGAGAGCUUGAUAAAGCGCACUCAAUUUGCGGAUAACAGUCCAGACUUUAUUGACAUGGUUUACUAUACGGAUUGUGGCGGACAGUUUCCCACUCUGCAGAAACGAAACUUCUGCAAUAAUGUCAGUCUGGGUAAAAAAAUUUAUUUCUACGUGGAUGUCACCCUUAAAAAAUAUCCAGAUAAUAAAGUUUAUACCCACAAAAUACGGGUAGAAGAAACCUCCUUGAGCGAGUACAUGGAUCUGGACGUGGAGCUGCAGCGUCCUUGUCCCUGCCAGGAAAUUCCGAAUCCGGAGGACGAGGUUGGGCGCUUCCAGUGCCAGAAUCAGGGAUACAUGUACUGUGGAAUGUGCAACUGCGACGAGGGAUGGACUGGCACCUUUUGCACCUGUCCCAAGGAUGGCACAAAUGUCACCAGCAACGAAGCUCUGCUCCAGAAGUGCCGACAACCUUUGACGGAAAAGACCACUUCUCCAUUAGUUUGCUCCAAUCACGGGGAUUGCGAUUGUGGAAAUUGCCUUUGUGAUCUAGGAUAUACAGGUCCUUUCUGCGAGUGUCGUGAAUGCAUCGAUUGCGAUGAGAAGCUGGCCGAUUGCUUUUGCGGUCAGUGUGUCUGCAAAUACGGAUGGUCGGGAACCAGAUGCAAUUGCGAUGGGGAUACGGAUGCCUGUUUGGGACCCACAGGGGAAAUCUGUUCACAACGUGGAAAUUGUGAUUGCGGAGUGUGCCAGUGUGAGGAGCCAUUCUUGGGAACAUUCUGCGAAAUUGAUCCGGAAAAGGACAACAAACUGUGUCAGUUCUAUGAGCCCUGUGUCACCUGCUUAAUUGAACAGAAACAGGGAAUCAAUACCUGUGAUAAUCUGAGUGAUAUAUGCAGCAGUUUGGACAGACAAGAGCACUUCACGUACUCAUUUGUCCACGAAUUGGAUUCCGAACAGGAUCAGUGUUUGGUGCGAGUGGUGAACAAACAUGGCAUCCAAUGUGAUAGCUAUUUUGUCUAUCAGGUCAUCGAUCAUUCCAAUUUCCUGACCAUCCAAGCAGUCGACUGCGAACCCGUCGAUUAUGUGGCUUUGUUUGGUUUUAUAUCUGGUUUUACUCUGCUGAUUGGAUUACUGUUGAUAUUCCUUAUUUUGUGGUGCAUUCGUGCCAAGGAUGCCAGGGAAUACGCUAAAUUCUUGAAGGAAACGGAACAGUCUUGGGUGAGAGAGGAGAAUCCCAUUUACCGGGAUCCUGUGGGAAGAUAUGAAGUUCCCAAAGCUUUGAGUGUUAAAUACGACGAGAAUCCGUUUGCCAGUUGAUUUAAAUUAAUAUGUUUUACUAGUUUUGUAUUGCAUUUUAUGCUAACUGACACUUGCCUUUAAUUCAGUACUUCCUUUUAAGCCAAAAACAUUUAUUUUAUUAAGUAUUCCUUGUAAGUAUUAUCCAUACCCAAACAUUAAAAUAUUAAAAAUAUUUUAAAACCAUUCCAAAGCUUUGUAGAACAAAAAACACAUUUUAGUUUUCAUUGUUUUCAUAUAAUAGGUAUAUUUUGAACAUAAAUUUGUUUUUAUACAUAAAUUUUGAUGAAUUUUUUUUAAUAAUUCGUAUAUAAUAUCUAGGCUAAUUUAACUAAGAAUUUGUUAUAUUUAUAUUUUAACAAAGUUUUCAAUUUCGAAUUGGACAAUUCCGUUGAGCAAAAGUUUUGAUUGCAUUCAUUUUAGUAGACAAGUAAAUGGCUUAAGACCUGGGGUAUUGUUUAAAUUAAGUGAUGACUACUGGCAAAUCGGAAAUGCAAAAUGCAAAACAUUACCUUAACAUAAAACACGUACACUUAAGAGGCAUUACAAAAAUACAAUUCGAUUAAUUAAGGCUAAACGCUUUCCCCUUCAUUCUACUUUAACUAAAUGUAAUAUCACUAGAUUUGUAGCUUAGAUUUAGUAAAUGGUUUCUGGCCGGCGAAAAAUGCCAAAAACACGAAA